UCAUAAACAAGCGGAUUGUAAAGCAAUAAUUCUAUGUUUAAGCAAAAAUAAAAAAAAAAUUAGGAGGAAGUUGUAAUAUAAUGAUCUGGAUUUUGUGUGUUUGAAUUUUUUUUGUAUUAUUGUUGAAUCUGGAACUAUAUAUGUUAUAGAUAAAUGAAAAGUAUAUAGUGCAGUAAUAAACUUCUUAAUAAGUGCUGUUUUUGGAGUGUUUGAAAUAGCACAAUGAGUGUAAGAAAGGCAGGAGGAGGGGAAAAGAAGGAACAUUUAUAUAAAAUCCUUGUGAUAGGAGAAUUAGGGACGGGUAAAACAUCAAUCAUUAAACGUUACGUGCAUCAGUUCUUUUCACAACACUACAGAGCCACUAUAGGUGUGGACUUUGCCUUGAAAGUUCUCAACUGGGACGCUGAGACCAUAGUGAGGUUGCAGUUAUGGGACAUUGCAGGCCAAGAGAGGUUUGGAAAUAUGACUAGGGUAUAUUAUAAAGAGGCUGUAGGUGCAUUUAUUGUGUUUGACUUAACUAGAGCAUCAACAUUUGAUGCAGUUACAAAAUGGAAAAAUGACCUUGACCUCAAAGUUCAACUUGCCGAUGGAAGACCUGUGCCAUGUGUUCUUUUAGCAAAUAAGUGUGAUCAACCAAAAGAGGGCCUUAUGAACAACACGUCACAGAUAGAUGAAUUUUGUAAAGAAAAAGGUUUUAUUGGUUGGUUUGAAACCUCAGCAAAAGAAAAUAUUAAUAUAGAUGAAGCAGCAAGAUUUUUAGUUACUCAGGUAUUACAGAAUGAUAAAGCUAUGAAAUCUGAAGACUCCAAAGAGCGGGAUAGAAUACAACUAGAUGAUACAGAUGGUUCAGAUAAAAAAGAAAAAAGAGGAUGCUGUUCUUGAAAAAACUUUACUCUAAAUUCUACCUAGGUUCUACAAUGUUUUUUUUUUUCAGGUUAGGCCAAGAUAAAAGUGUGUUGUAAGUCCUGCGAUCGGAAAAGUGGGAUCAGCUUAUUGAAUGUCUUAAGACAAUUCCAAAUGUUUUGUUUGUUUUAUUUUAUGACUUACGAAAUUAUGGUUAAAUCUAUUGUGUGUUUUUGUUUUGGAUAAAAAGUUUAGUGGAAACACACAUGCUUCUUUUACUUUUGAAGGGAACCUUAACUUUGCAAUACUCACUCAUUUUAGGAUUGAUUACUUUAUUUUCAUUUUGUUUUAUCUUACAUCUAGGGAACAAAUUAUAUAAACAGAGGUUUCAUUUCAUUCUUCAAAUUCACAAACUCAAGUAUGUGUUUUAAUAUACGUUUUAUCAUCAUUUUAUAAAGUGGUUGAUGGGAGUUAGUUUGUGAUUACACUUAAAAUUUUUAGCUUGAGUUGUGAGUUGUCUUAUCCUGUUUCAAUGCAAAUUUUCUUCGUAUUUUUACCUUGAUUCAAAAAAGUAUAUAUAUAAAGUAGAAUGAUUUUAAAAGUCUCUGUCUAUCAUUUAUUGUCAAGUAACUUCCAUAAGUGAAACAUGUGAAAUCAUUAAUUUUCUUGGAUUUCAUAUUUGAGUCUAUUCAUAAGAUUAAAUCUUUAAUGAAGAAUGAAAUUCCCAUUCAUUCUGUAUUCAAAAUUUCAGUUCCAAGAAUUCAUGUACAUUUGAUAUAAUAACCGUUGUGGUAAAAACCACACUGUAUGUCUGGAAACAAUUUCUGCAGGCUGCAGCCUUUAACCUUUGACCUGCAAAAUUCAUAAAAUGAACUGGACUAUCAUUCUGUAUGGGCAAUACCAUUUAUUAUUGAAAGGGGUGUUCACUGAAAAUUUACUGACUGAAUAGUGAACAGUGCAGACAUCCGUGAAGGCUGAUCUCGAUAUGCACUGGUCGCAGAGGCAGAAUCACAUGCCGCCAGCAGGAUAAAGGUUAAAAGAUAUACUGUUAAAUUGUUAAUAUUCAUGGGGGACUAAUUUUCAUGGUUGAGUCAAUCCACGAAAUUAAUCCCAAUGAACAAGGAAAACUCCCAUUCAUUUUAUGUUUAAAAGUUGAAAUCCACGAAUUCAUAUCCACACGAAAUUGCCAUUUUGACCAGAACAACGAAAUUUCAUGCACACGAAAUUAAAUGAUUUUACGGUAUUUCUUCAUUCAUUUAAAGGACUGCUUUCAUUCAUAAUUUAGGUAUUGUAAACAGGCUGUCUUAAAAUUUUUUGACAUUUUCAAUGUUGAAUUGGAUUCAUGUCACUUUUAAAUGGGAAGAGAAAAUAGUGACCUUUAUAAACAGGUUUUACAGUAGUGGCAGUUAUUUUGGUGAGGUCUAUAUGUAUAGGUUGAGCUGUAUUGUUAAACUGAACUAUGCGUUAUCAUGUUUAGUGGUAUAGAUAGGGCAGGUUAUGUUAUAUAGUUAUCUGUAUGAUGAUAUAUACAUGUAUACACCUGUAUGUGUUAUGUUUAGAAAAAAUGGUUGAUUUAGUUGACCUGAAAUUUCAUAGUUAUGACCAAACAGAUACUUAAACUGUAGCCUGCUUGUGGCAAGUGGUUUUGCGUUUGUGACCAGUGCUGACCAAGUUCUGCCUGCACGACUGCAGUCUGAUCGUGGUCUGUACUGUUCGCUAAUCAGUCAGUAAAUUUUCAAUGGACACACCUUUGAAUAAUAAAUGGAACGCUGGCUUAAGACUAGUACUGAUACGAAUUUAUAGAUUUCAGAUUUAACCCUUUCCCUGCUAAAUUUCUAUAAUGAACUUGUCCAUCUAUCAAUUUGGACACUACUAUUAACUGUUAAAAGAGAUGUUUUACCAAUAAGAUACUGACUGGAUGGUGAACUGUGUAAAUCUUGAUUAGACUGCAUGGAUGUGCAGCCUGAUCAUGAUCUACACUGGUCGCAAAGGCACAAUCAAUCAUGUCCAGUAUGAUAAGGGUUAAGAAAUAGUAAAUAUGGAAUGAACUUGUUUUACUGAUGGCUCACACAAAAACCCAAAAAGUAGUACCUUGUGAAUAUUUUUCAUUUUAUGGUAGUACAUGAUACAGUAUUUGACAGUGAACUGUAGAUAUCUUACCGAAAAUAUUUAUAUCUCUUUAACAUUAUACUGACAUAAACCCUAGCUUUAUGAUAACACUACAAACUAACUGAAAAUCUAAAA